AAUGAGAAGUUAAGCACAAAUCGCGGCCUUUAGGAUGACCGAAAAUGCUAAACCUACAUUGUACGGCUGUACCGCGUGCAGGAUGUCUUCCCCUCUCUCUUGCAUCGCCUACCUUUCGGCAACCUCCGCCAUUAACGCCCCCGAGCAAAUUCACGGGAAGGAACCAGCUGAGAGGGGGGAAAUGUCGGCGACACGCUACCAUACGCGGAAGCUAGCUACGCCCCAACCGCCUCCACUUUCCACUUCUCGUGGUAAAGCGCCACGAACUCAGUCACCACUGCCUCGCCUGCUCACUCACCUACCUCACUGCAGCCUUCGCGUGCACUCCUCUUAUUAUACGCUUGCAUGCUUCGCAACAGUGCGCCGUAACAAAAAGGAGCCCAUGGAGAUCAUCACCAAGCGCCCCAGGGAGAGGCGGGCCAAUGCCGCCGACGGCGAGCAUCUCCCGCAGCUGCUCGACUCGCCGCUCCCCACGCCGCGCCGCUCGUGCGCCUCCGCGGACGCGCCCGGCAGCCUGCGGUGCGCCGCCUCGCCGCUGCGCACGCAGGUGCCCUUCUCUUGGGAGAGCUCCCCCGGCGUGCCCAAGAGCAGCAGGGACACGCGGGAGGAGACGAUGCCGCCGCCCAAGCUGCCGCCCGGGCGCUGGCCGCCGCAGUGCCCCACGAGGACCAACUGGUGCUACGGCACCGGGAGCGAGGCCAGCAGCGACGACUGCGACGCAUCGUCCUUCUCCGACGCCCUGGACAGGACGUCCUCCUCGCCCGCGCGGAUCGGCUCCUUCGACCGGGUCACGUCCAAGCGCUUCGAGGACAUCUUCCUCGGCCGCGCCGAGAGCUUCGCCAAGGACCGGUCCCACUCCUCCCGCCACGCGCCCACGGGCGAGGCCCGCGCCGUCGUCGCCGCGUCGUCGUCCUCGGCGAGACACACGAAGCACUGGCGGCGACGCGGCAGCACGCGCCACCACGAUGAUGACGACGGGGAGUGGCCGAAGAGCAGCGAACCCGUGAAGGUCAUGCCGCGCGUCGAGCAGAUGACCCCGAGAGCCUGCGGGCUCAUGGUGUUCUUCCCCUGGAGCGCGAAGCCGGCGGCCUGCGGGUUUAGGAGCCCGUCGACGAUGCGUCGCGCCGGCGUCAUUGAUCAUUCGCCCUCCCGCGGCCGCGGCAACCCCACCCUGCGCGACGCUCUGCAGGAGGACAACAAGACCGACGACAUGGACGUGCAAGACCCGCCGCCGCAGCAGCCGCGCGGGGAGAAGAGGAGCCGCGAGGAAUGGCAGGGCCGCGGGUGGGGCGUCUCGUCGCUGCUCGACACGAGCAAGAGGUACUGCACCGACGCACGGAAGGCCUUGAGCAAGCUAUCCAUCGGAUUGGGCGCCGACAGUGGCAGCCCGAGAGUUGGCAGGGACAGGAGGAGCGGCAAGCAAGGUGACACGUCCACAACGACGACCGCGCCCGUCGUCGGCGCCAAGCUGACGAAACUCAAGUCUAACAGAAAUUAAGGUUGGACUGGGAUUGGUGGUGCUACGAUAGAAGUUGCGCAUGUGUAUGCAGAUUACUACUUACUUACUUCUUUGAUCUCCAUCUGUUCAGCUAGAUAUACUAAACUCAGUAGCAGAGCUAUGGUAGUAGUACAAAUUACUACUGACAUAUUGUUCCUGAAAUUGAAAUUCCUUCGGUACUGUGUAUGUACUUACAUUAAUAAACGCCUUAGCAUUCCUUAGAAGCUGUUAUAUGGUCCAGAUUGUAUCUUUAUCGAGUGAUUAUUGAGUGACUGUCCUUAAUGUAAUUUCCAUUCCUCCAACUCAAACCAG